CACGCACGCACGCAGCCGAGACCACCCUGCUGCAGCUGCUGUGCUGCGCGGGUUAAAAAGAGAGAGAUCUAUUAACUGGCCCUCCUCUCCCACAGCAAACACACUCGUGUCGUACUGAGCAUCUGAGCUCGGUGGUUGCCGAGGAGGAUUCGCCGGCGGCGGCGGCGGGGGGGAGAUGUCGCAGCAUGCGGUGUGCUGCGGGGCGAUGUUCUGGGUGUACCUGAUGUCGUGCGUGGGGCUGGUGAUGUUCGCCGGGCUCAUGUCGGGGCUCACCCUCGGCCUCAUGUCGCUCAGCCUCGUCGACCUCGAGGUCCUCGCCAAGGCCGGCACCCCGACGGACAAGGACAACGCCGCCAGGAUCCUGCCGGUCGUCAAGAACCAGCACUUGCUCCUCUGCACCCUCCUCAUCGGCAACUCCCUCGCCAUGGAGGCGCUGCCGAUAUUUCUGGACUCGCUCGUCCCGUCCUUCGGCGCCAUCCUCAUCUCCGUCACGCUCAUCCUCGCCUUCGGUGAGAUCAUGCCGCAGGCCAUCUGCACGCGCUACGGGCUCAGCGUCGGGGCCAAGGCGGCGCCCGUUGUCCGGGUACUCCUCAUCGUCUUCUUCCCGGUCGCCUACCCAAUCAGCAAGUUGUUGGAUUGGGUACUCGGAAAGGGCCAUGUUGCACUUAUGAGGAGAGCUGAGCUAAAGACUUUAGUCGAUAUGCAUGGUAAUGAGGCUGGCAAAGGUGGAGAGCUGACUCAUGAUGAAACCACUAUCAUUACAGGAGCUUUGGAGAUGACUCAAAAGACUGCAAAAGAUGCCAUGACUCCCAUAUCUGAAACCUUCUCACUUGAUAUAAACGCUAAGCUGGACCUGCACACAAUGGGUAUGAUAAUGACCAAAGGGCAUAGUCGUGUUCCAAUAUACUCUGGGACUCCAAACAAUAUUAUUGGCCUUAUAUUGGUUAAAAACUUAAUUACUUGCCAACCUGAGGAUGAAGUGCCCAUUCGAAAUGUUACUAUCAGAAAAAUCCCAAGGGUGUCUGAUGAUCUUCCUCUCUACGACAUUCUAAACGAGUUUCAGAAAGGUCACAGUCACAUGGCUGUGGUGGUCAGACGCAUAAAAGAACCAGGAGCAUCCAUUGAAAAGACUUAUAGUGACAGAUCAGAUUACAAAACUAACAGCGACAGAUCAGAUUACAAAAUUAACCACAGAGAUGCCCAUGCUGAUGGUUUGUCACCCUCUCGUGUCAGCAUUGCUGGAAGUCGUCGAAGUAACAUUGAAAAGAAUGGAGAGGUGCGCUUAUAUAAGAAAUCAGAAAAAAAGCGGGACAAUAUUCUUGAUUUUAAUAGCGGUCCACUUCCAAGCUAUUCAUUGGAUCAAGAAGCAGUGGGGAUAAUCACAAUGGAAGAUGUUAUGGAACAAUUGCUACAGGAAGAUAUCUUGGAUGAAACAGAUGAAUAUGUUGAUGUACAUAACAAGAUUAAAAUAAACAUGCUACCUCUGGGCAAAUCAUUAUCACCAACUAUAUCUCCAAGUAAUGGGCCCCAUUCCCAAGGACUCAGGAGGACCCCUAUGACUUCUCCAUUGUCAUCAUACCAUCAUGGUGGCUCCAUCUUACGUUCCCCUGCUUCAAACAAUCCUCAGUCUCCUGGGACUUUGCCGACAAUAAUUUCUCCUGAAAGAUCGCCUGCUUCUCAAGCACCUUCGCGUAGUUCACCUAAUUCAACUCAGGUCUCAAGGAAUUCGUAAAACGGCGUUGAGAGCUAAAGAGCUCUAAGGACAACGUUUCCUGAGAAAUGGUAAAAUGUCAACAUAAACAGAUUAAGACAUUUUGAGCUUAGGACUGAAUUAUACAGAUCAGCAUAUCUCUUGUACUGUUGAUGCUUAUUUGUUGAUUACAUGCUUGUAUAUACGUAUGGCUUAGCAUCUGGACAUCGCUAUAGAUGGAAGUCUCACUACCUACUGUAGAUGUAUUUUUGUCAGCUUGCAAUUACCAUUGCAGAGGAAAGCUUGAAGAUAAAAAUGUAAAAGGAAUGCACUAGUAUGCAUUUGUGCUGUUCUUGUAUGCAUGCCCCCAUCAUUUUAAUGAUCAGCAAGCAGAUGUUGGUGCAUUCA